AAAAAAAAAAAAGCCGAUAAAAAGAAACGGGAAAAUAGUUCGUGCUCUAUUUUUUUAAUUUAAUAUUAGCUACCUUGAGGUUUUAAUUUCUGUAAAAAUUAUUAUUUCUUCAUUUUUUUUCAUUAAAAGUGACAUCAGCAAAGAAAUUCCGGGUAAGCAGCCUAAUUUGGAAAUAAAAGUAUAUGCCGCCGAUGCCUAAUGAAUCUCAUCCGUUAGAUACGACUCCUAAUUCUCAUCCGUCCGAUCAAGCUUCACUUCCCAUAUCUCUAUAUAUUGCCGCCAUUACCCAGUAGAAUUUCCAUCAUCAAUUCAGCGUUUCAGACAGAAGUUUCCUGAUUCCAAUUGAGAUCUGAAAUUCUGUUGGAUCGAUUUUUCAUCCCUGCUUUCUUCCUAGGUUUUCUUACAUUGGUAAUCGAAUCAAGUUUUGUUCUCCGAAUUCUCGUACGCCCCCGAACUGAAAACCCCAUUCAGUUUUAUCAAAUUUCAUCUGCUUUUCUUCUGGUGUUCUUGUUUAGGUUCACAAGGAAACAGAGUACUCGAAGAACCCAUCAAGCUUCCGGUUCAUCUUUCAAUACAGUUUGUCUUAAAGACUCAAUUUUUAUCGAUUUAGGUCAUUAGUCUAAUCAAUUCUCUCAGAUUUUUAUCGAUCUAGCCUUCUGAAUUUCGUACCCAUUAAGGUAUUCUCUUAGGUCUUCUUAAAAGUGGUUUUUUUGGGGUUUAAAAAGAGAAGAUGGAAUCUGUUGUUGUUGGGUGUCGAUUUCAACCGACUGACGAGGAGUUGGUUUCGCACUAUUUAAAGAAGAUGAUUUUAGGGCUUCCAUUUACAGAAGAGGAAAAGACAUUCUUCACUGCAAAACAUCUGUACGGUGAUAAUGCCACCCCUUGGGAAUUAUUAACUGAAGAUCUUCCAUGGCAUAAGGUGCUCAAUUCCAAUCGAGACAUUGAGUCUCAGAAAGUCAUUUAUGUUUUCACUUUCCUCACUAAUGUUGCCCAGAAAAAUUCCAAGAACCGUAAGAACAAAAACAGAGUAGCUGGUUGUGGCACUUGGAAUGUUAACUCUUCCGCCAAGCCAGUCAGGGACAAUUGCGGAUUCGGAAGGAAAAUCGGAGAAUGUAAGAAUUUCACCUUUGAAUCUGCAGAACAAACUGUUGGGCAGUGGACCAUGACUGAGUAUUCCAUCGAUGCAGCCGCCAAUGGGAUUCCGGAGGUGGAAGGAAUUAAUUGCUCUGACUAUGUAUUGUGCAAGAUAAAAAGGGAUGAUUCAAAAUCGUCCAAGGGAGGAAGAAUUGUGUCUCGCAAGAGAAAGAAUGAGAUUAUGCUGCCUGAAGAAGCGGGACAGAGUUUCACAAAGAAGAUGAAAUCAGUGAGCAGAAAGGAGGAGGACAUGAGUGUCUUGAGCAAUGAGGAUGAUGAUUCUGCAGCCAUAGUGAUGAACAAUGAGGAGGCUGGAGUUUCUUCUUAUGGAUCAUUGGAUUGUGGCACUGCUGUCCCUUGGCUGAUGAAUGCGGCGAAUUCCGAUACUUUAGCAGCUGCUGCUGGUCCAUCCACAUGUUGGAACUGCAUUCCGGACAAUGAAGCAUUUUGUUUCAGUUCAAACUUUCAGAGUACUGAUUUGGAUCCUUGGUUGAAAGAGCUGGAAGCUUUUUAGUCGAUCUUGACUCGUUUGGCUGUUAAUCUAAUCUAUUAGAUGUUAGACCCUUUGUUGAGCUUUUGUGCAGAUUUGCCUCAGGGUGUAUGUUAGAGUUGGCUAAAUUAGUGAUACUCAUUUGUGGCGGUCAUAAAAUUUUGUAAUUGUUCAUAUGAGACUGCCUCUUACUUUAUUGUGUAUUGCCAAUAUUAAAUUACAGUGUGAGUUAUGAAUGAUAUCCCUUAUUCUUUGAUUAUUUUGUAUUUGAUUGACAGUUUAAAACUCUUUUUUGAUCUGACCUUAAGAAACUUCUAUACUAAAGCUAAAUUCUUCUUCCAAUAACUGUCACUCGCUAGGUAUGUUGAGGCUAGUUAAGGUUGUGAAUGCAUGAAACAUAAUCAUAUUCUUUCAUUCACAUUUUCCCAUUAGCGUCAGAAAAUUGACGCUGAAUAGGUU